CAACUGUCAAUUGUCAAUCAAAUUUUAAGGUGGCCGAAACGGUUACAACUUGGAAUUUAUUGUUUUCUGUUUUAGUGUGUUCCUAAUGUUGUUAUUAAAUCAUUAAACUAAAACAGUUUUACGAUAAAAGUUAACUAUAAAUCCUACAAUGGAACCAAUGACUUUAGGAAGCCCGACUCACUCCCCUUCGGGAAGUCCGAAUGUAGGAUAUCUACCACCUUUUCUGUUGGGGGAAAUAAAUCCACCGACGACGCCAAGAACUAAUAGCCUAUCACCGACGAAGGGUCGUAACAUGGCUUUUGGGUCACCCACAAGCCCAAGCCAGACUUCGACACCUGAUCAAAAAAUGUACAGAUCAAAUGUCUCGAUGCAUCAGCAAGCUCUGUACAAUCAGCAGAAUGUGUUUGCAAACAUUCCCAAUUCACCUAACAUGUCUUACUCAAGCAAACCUAAUGGUCCACCUAUAGAGGACCUUUUUGAUACUAUAAAAAGCAAUGAACCUAAUAAGUCAAUAUAUCAAGAUAGUUUCCUUGCCUAUGGAAACAAUGGUUCAAUGAUGCAGAAUUCAUAUGGCAACAUGUCAAUGAACAAUCAGUCCAUCACAUCCCACUGGCAAGAUGGAUGUCAAGAACAAGAUGAAUAUUGGAUAACUGUUUUUGGAUUCCCACCAAAUGCUGCCAACACUGUGCUGGCGAGAUUUAGUAAUUGUGGUGCCAUUUUAGAUAAGCAAUAUCCAACACAAGGUAACUGGGCCAAUGUCCGAUAUGCAACUCGAGCAGAGAAAGAACGGGCUCUAGCAUUAAAUGGUAGACAAGUGAUACCUGGUGUAAUGGUUGGAGUCAUUGAAUGUAAGGAACCUCCCAGGAUGGGUAUAACACAUCCUGGAAUAACCUCACCUGAAAGGCACCCAACAGUAAGGUCUCUGUGCCCAACACCUGUUGCGUCGGCCCCACUCCCGCAGAGAUCCAAUGGAAUCAUUGCCAAAGCCCUUGACUAUGUAUUAGGAUGGUGACACAUUUCCUAAAUACAUUCCGACACUUCAGGUUUAAUUAAAUCUCUUGCAUAAGAAAAUGACUAUAAAUCCGACUUAUUUCUGGACAAAAUUGAACUGAUGGUAAAGUAAUGUAAGUAAAUGACAUGUAAAAUUAUUAGAAAAUGGCAACACUCACAGGCCAAUUUAGUGUACUUUAUGUCUCAAGCAAGUUUAAAUAUUUUUAAUGACAUGUUAUACCAGAUUUAGCAGGAACAAUUCCUUGUUUUAUUUAAGUAAUCUAUACUGAUGUAACUUCAAUAUGUAAAAACAGCUAUAUGAAGAUAAAUUAUGUAUUAAGGUUU